AUGCACCUCCUGCCUGCCCUCCUGGCAGCCGGGCCCUGCCCCACAUGUGUGCAGGCGGACAAUGGGACCGCAGGCCUGGAGCCCAAGGGGAGCUGUCCAGACGCCCCCAAACCGCCCACAAGGCCUGGCAAGUUCAAGGAGCGGCGCGGCCUCACACAGCCAGAGCGAGUAGCGAGUUGGAAAAACCUCCAAAUGGAGAGAGAGCGAAAACCCAACCAGCUGCUUGGCCAGGGCCUGGCUCAGCCUACGCACCACCCGCCCCCCAAGCCGCCCGCGUCUGCGAUCGUCCCCGCACCACCCCCGGCUCCCCAGGACCGGCCACUGUCGGGGGCUGCGGGGCUGCGCCCCCGUCCCCCGGGUCCGCAGACUCUGGCACGGGGCUCCCCCGACUCCGCAGCCCGCCCCCCUCCACCCGGCGGCCGGCGGGACGCUCCCGACCCUCCGGGCCGCAGCCCCUCCGGCCCCCUCCCCGCCCGCUCCCCGGCGCCUCCGCAGCCCUGCCGCCCCCUGCCCGCCCGCGGCGCUCCUACCCUGAGAAGCGGGGCGCGCCGGGCCGGGCGCGCGGGGGCUCAGCUGGCGACGCGGCCCGGCUGCAGGAAAUGCCAGAAGACUGAUCCAACCGCGGGAGCGGAGGGAGGGAGCGCGGGGCGGAGGAGAGGAGGCAGGGCGGAGGGCCGGAGGGCGCGGCGGCCGCAAAACCCGGGCGGGAUCGCAGUGCGGAGCCGGCGCGCCUCGGACCCCCGCCGCUGCCGGGCUGCGCCCCGCUCCCCCGGCACGCGGUCGGCUCCUUCGCUACCCCAGCCCGCCCCGCGACGGGGGUGCGGACCCUUCCGGAAAAGGGGUGCUGGCGGUGACUGGGGUCAGCCUCCAGGGUGGAAGCCACCAGAGCACAAGAGGAACCCCAGAAAUCUGAGCCCAUUGUCCUUGUCCCCCGGGCAGACCAGCUGGAGCCAGGCCCACCCACUUCCAGACCUGGCGGACCAGGUGGACCUGCAGGGGCCCUCGGUGAGGUCCUUCCUGACCAGCAGGAGGCUGGUCUUCCUGGAUCUGUUCGCCCUGCCUCCCCCACCCCAGCUCCUUGCGGUUUUGCUGGUUUUCCAUCCGGAUGGGGAGCCCCUCCGGGCUGGCGUGGUGCCCGAGCUCUUCUCCAGGCCUCUGCCCACCGCCUCACAGUGUGGCCGCAAAGGCGGGCCAACCCCACGGUCAGUGCAGCACGUGGCGGGGAGCCCCUACGGGGGCCUGGAACGCUCGCGGCUUCUGCGUCGACGCGCUGAGGCAGGGAACCCUUGCGGGGCAGAGGGGAAUGAAGGAGAGUCUCUGCAGAAAGAGGAGGCGGCAGGUCUCGCCAGCCAGGUGGGGCUGCCCGGCCCGCCUUCUCCUUCACACACCUGGCAAGGACGGCAGUGGCUGCAGCAGGCGGCCGGGCACCGCGCCAGUGACGGGGCGGCUCCCCGGGCCUCGGGCAAGAGGCGCUACGUCCUGUGGCUGCAGCCUCCGCUGCCCCAGGGCGCAGGGGCCGUGGGACCCGCAGGGAGUGGAGCCCAGCCUGCGCUGCGGGCGGCUGCUGGGCGGGAGCCUGGCUGUCGGUCCGUCCAGCAGGCUGUGUCUUUGACCACGUCAUCACCAGGCUGCCCCAGUGGACCUCCGGGAGCCGACGACCUCAGCAACUGCCGCUGUGGUCUUCCUGACCCCCUGACCUCCCCUGGGGCUGUCUGGCCGGCCCCUCAUCUGCGCAGCCUCACGGCGUACCCCCAUAGCCCUGGCUCAGGUUCCUACUCCCCUGAGACGAGCCCUCCGCUCUCGGAAGGGCUGCGUCCCUGGAGCCAGAACUCUGGGGAUGACCGCAGCUCUGCCACUUACUAG